AAUGGUAGAGACACUAAUAAGAAAAAUUUGAAAAAUGAAAAAUACAAAACUAAAUAGGGUUCUAAACAAAUAGUUAUGCGAAAAUGUAAAAUAAGUAAAAUAACGAAAAAAAAUCGGUAAAUAGAAUAGUCAAUUCGGCGAGAGUGCGUAAAAUAACAACAAAGAUUAAAAGUGAGUGAGUGAGUGAAUGCUAAAGAAAGAAGUACGAGUAGGCGUUUUGUAAAAAUGGCCUCAACAACAUCUGUAAAAAAUUAUAAAGUACCCUCGACAAGUAAAAUAUCAGUGGAUAAACUUUUAAGAGUCGGUUUUUAUGAUUUGGAGAAAACAAUCGGUAAAGGCAACUUUGCCGUUGUUAAAUUGGCCUCAAAUAUUGUUACAAAGUCAAAGGUGGCCGUGAAAAUCAUAGAUAAAACAUGCCUAAACGAAGAGUAUUUAGCGAAAACAUAUCGUGAGAUAUCAAUACUGAAAACGUUACGUCAUCCGCAUAUAACACGUCUCUAUGAGGUGAUGCAAUCAGAGACUAUGAUUUAUUUGGUGACGGAGUAUGCUUGUCAAGGGGAAAUCUUCGAUCACUUAGUUGAGAAUGGUCGGAUGAAAGAACCUGAAGCGGCUCGUGUCUUCACUCAAUUAGUAUCAGCCGUACAGUAUUGUCAUUCGAAGGGUGUAGUGCAUCGCGAUCUCAAAGCUGAAAAUGUUCUGCUGGAUAAAGAUAUGAAUAUUAAGCUGGCAGAUUUUGGAUUUAGUAAUCGCUACAAAGAAGGUAAUCCCCUAACUACGUGGUGCGGUUCGCCACCUUAUGCCGCGCCUGAAGUAUUUCAGGGUUUAGAGUACGAUGGACCCAAAGCUGAUAUAUGGAGUCUGGGCGUAGUUUUGUAUGCUUUAGUUUGUGGAGCUUUACCAUUCGAUGGCAAAACGUUAUUAGAACUGAAAAGUCGUGUAGUUACCGGUAAAUUUCGCAUUCCAUAUUUUAUGUCGCAAGACUGUGAACAUUUAAUACGUAACAUGUUGGUUGUCGAGCCAGAUCGACGUUAUACCCUCAAACAAAUUAUUAAACACCGUUGGCUUAGCGAAUGGAUUAACGAAAUCGAACAGCAAUGUUAUGAGACUACGCAUUCGUAUGUCUCCCCAUCGAAUCCUUUAAUGCGUAGCAAUAGUAAUUGCUCAUUAGAUGCCAAUAGCACCAAUACCUGCACUGCGGUACCAAAUCUCGAUACUGUAGUUAUGAGUCACAUGCUACAAUUGUCCGGAUUGACAGCUGACAAAAUCGCUCAGUCAGUGCAUGAAAAUCGUUUCGAUAAUAUUUACGCAAUUUAUCAUUUGUUAUAUGAUAAAUUACAACAAAAACGCAGAGAAUAUGAAAGGCUACAACAACAUGCCAAACGUGUAAGAUCUCGUACUAGUAUUACAACAGGCAUUGUCGACCGUUCGGACACUUUACACUCUCAGGAUUUAGUAGACCGAUUAAGUCCUUUGAGUAAUACUAACGCUACGCAAAGUACUUUAGAUUAUCAAUGGUCAGAUGUUUCAGGAGAUUUGGAAAAAUUCAGUGAUAUCGAAUUGGAAUGUCUGCAAAGACAAAAUGAGCUACAAAAUCCAAAUCAAAACGCCAACUUGGCUCAGGGUGCCAAUAGUAACAAUGGUAAUACACGUCGUCAUACGGUGGGUCCGGGAGAUGUGGCACAUGAACAGGCAUUAGCCGAUCCUAAUGUAGUGCCAUUGAAUUUUAAAUGUGAACCGCAAAAUAAAGAACAACAAAGCGGUACUUACCCGCCCAUUAAUUUACCCAUGUUACAAAAUCAACCGUUACAUUAUCUUACAAUUAAAGAUCAGCAUUUACUUAAACCGCCAUUAGCGAUGGGAGCAACAGGCUCAUUCAAUCGUCGUGCGUCGGAUGGUGGCGCCAAUUUACCAUAUUGUUUUACAACAAUGCAACAUCAGUCGCAGUCACAAGCUGCAACAGAAAAUCCUUAUUAUAUCGAUCCGCAAACCACUACCAAUAUAAGCGUAGCCGGUCAAGAAUCUUAUAUAACAGCGGUGGCUGAACCAAUGAAAGCCGACAAUGUUGCCGUUAAUAGCAAUGAAGAAGGCACUGAAGAUAUACAAAGAUACAUGCAAAUGCGUGGUUGCGCUAAGAGGCAUACCGUUGGCUGUACAGAAGAUUUGACAGGCACUCAUCAUACAUCCGAUCAACAGUCUACAAUGCCGCGGUUACCAGGUACAGCGCCCAGUGGUGUAAUGAACUCUACUGCCGGCGGUGGAGGUCUUCGCACGCGCCGCACUGGCCUCUUAACAGUUACCGAACGACCGCCAGUUAUAAGUCCCGAAUUGAUACGUGAAGUAGAAACACGCAUGAAUCGUAAUUAUUUGCCACCGGCACUGAAAAUGCAACAACGCAACAAUUCUGGUGGUCUUAGUCAAUCGCCACCAACCAGUGGCGGCGGCCACCAUAAUUCGCUCUAUAUAGGCGGCUCCCAUUAUAAUGCCUCAUCAACAAAUAGUUCUUCCUACCCAACAGCGGGUAACAACUCGUCUGUCACACCUUCCGCCGCGACUGCUGCUUUGUGUAAUCAGUCGCCAUUGUCUCUUGGCUCAACGACAACCUCGCAAACGGCGCAGACCGCCGCCGCUGUUAUCACUGGCUACGCUAGUAAUAGACGUAUUUACGGUAGAGCCUGUAAAUUGCCGCCUGUUCAAGAAGUCGGACGCUAUAGUCCAGUACGACGAGCUUCUGAAGGUUCAAAAACCCAAUUUCAGGGACCUUUGCAGGAGUGUCAGUAUCUACAAAAAGGUAUUGCUCAACGUAAUUUUUUGUGUGCACCCAGCCCACCGCUUUUAGAAAAUUCAAUCAGUUUGCCUGGCUCUCCAUUGCAUGGCAAGCCGUCCAUAACUUGCCAUAAUAUGUUAAGACGAAGUGGCGUUUGCGGUGUUUCAACAGCUCAACCGAUAGUAGCGGCUAAACAGGAUGUUGAAUUAACAGCUGACGCCCUUAAGAAUCUAAUGCCAACUUUGGAUCAGCUAGUGAAAGAGCAACGGCUCAGCGUAGAAAGGGCGAAUAAAAUUAUUGCCGAUCGUUUAAUGCCUUUGGUGUUGGCAAACUACUUAGGUUUAACAACAAUGUCCAGUGGUCAUGAGUAUUUACAGCCUCAGCAAAUGUUUAGUUUUAGUGUCUCACCAUUAUCGCUGCCAAAUAGCACUAGUAAUAGCAAUAAUCAAAUGGUAACACCAGCCGUCAGUGGUCCCCUGCUGCAACAACUUAAUACUAAUAUAGGCAGCAAUGUGCCAGCUGCGCUAGCUAGUCAAACGCCUGUAAUGGGCUUACAUUCCAAACAACUGUUAGGCGGUGCUGCCUAUCAAUUGCCACAAUAUGCGACGCCCGGUUCUAUAUAUUCAGCAAAUAGCAGCGCUUGCCCUUCACCUAUUUAUGGUAGUUUUAGCGGCUCUGCUUCGCCAAAUGCUUACCUAACGGGUACAAACAGUGCCAAUGGCGGCGGUGGAUCAUCUCCUUUACAUCAGAUAACCAAAGGUAUAUCUUACCUCAGCACGGGAGGUGGAGGUUCGAUAACACGUGGCACCUCAAUAGUAAGCGAAAUAACAGCGGUUCACAAUCAACCGUUAGAUCUCUCUAUGGACAUCAGCUCACCAGAAGAUUCUGAGACGCCACAGGGUUCUGUAACACCUCAAAAUUGGUUUAAUCCGGCUUCUGCUUAUUAUGAUAUCAAACCUUUGAAUUUAUCGCCGGCUCAACCUGUUAGGGUCGUCACCACGCCUCCGACAUCGCCUAACUUGUGCAUAAUACAAGAAGAGAAUAGUCAUGGACAAAUGUGUCAUACAAUUAGCACUGGAACACCUUACGCGGGAUGCACUGGUGGCAUUACACCAACACCGACAACUGGAAACGUAAGCGGUGAUUCUAGCCCUACACCAAAUCAACCCUCACAUCCUCAGAUAUGCUUAACGGACGUGCAAGGAAGCGAAAUAACUUUGGUGGCCUUAUCUCCUGAAAACAGUCGUGAUAGCGAUAUUGACGCUGCAGAGUUGCAAACAACACCCUUGAUGUCUUUGCAAGGUUUGAUUAUUACCGAGCCCUCGCUGGAUAUGCCAUCGAUAACAAGAGGCAUUGGUCGUAAAACGAGUUUAGAAAGUGAACAACACGGUACAACGCAUACGCAAACUGGUGAGGGUAAUAGACGAGGAAGCGAUAAAUCAUUGGGUUUUUCUGAUGAUUCAUUGAGCAAUGAUUCAAAUAAUUUAUCACCCUGUCAAGAACCUUCCGCUAGUUCAGGUUUUAAGUCUGAUUCACAUUCCGAAAUAGGCGAUCCAACUGAGGGGCAUUUAACGCCCGAUUCUCUAAGUGAAUUAAGACGCAUGUCCGAUGAAAUGUGUUAUGAGGUACCUCUUCCACAUGAAUGUUCUAAUCUAGAAACCAGCCGCAUUUUGGAAAUAGUUAAGCAAACCAUUGAUUCCACUAUGCCGCCCAAAGGCUUUAUUUUGCAUAAGAGACAAACAAAUGAAGCAAUGGAUGGAACAUCUGUAGAGUCGGCGAUCAAUGGCAGUCGCCCGGACACACGUUUAAGUAUUGCUUCAGAUUCUUCUCACGUCUGCUCUGUUAUGGACACUGGCCAAGCUUUAACCAAUUUAAGUCUAGAAUAUUCCGGUGGUUUACAAAUUGAAGUUCAAGUAUGUGAAGGCCGAAGUCGUGACAACCAAAUAGCAGGUAAAGGUAUUAAGCUAAGACGGAUAUCGGGCGAUCAAUUCGAAUACGGGAAAUUAUGCCAACAAUUGAUUAGCAAUUUAAGCAUGCAACAGGUGGCCGGUUAGCUAGAGUAAGGUUAAAAACAAAAUUUUUGGUUUUAUGUAAUUACAGAUUUAACGGAAUAUUCUGUUGGAAGUAGAGGAGUAACUGUUGUAUGUAAAUUUCUGUAAUAUAUUUUAGUGAGUUUUUUUUUGGAAUUUCAAAUUGCUUUUGAAAAAUUAUGUACAAAAAAAAAAUUUGUAAAAUUAAUGAAAGUCAAUAAAUAAAAACACUAGAGAAAAAUAAUUUCAAUUAUGCUGUAGUUAGUAUAUAUCGACCGUUUAAAAAAUGGUCCAAAUAAGAAUGUUUCACUAAUAACAUUAUUAUCUAGUGUAUCCGUGUAUAAGUGCUAAACAACAGUUCGAUAAAUCGUACUAUUUAUAAAGUAAUAUCGUCAGUUAAUCAAGUUUCAAUUUGAUAUAUUCUUUUUUUUCGAUAAAUCGCAUUUCGUUCGUAAAUUGUUUAAGUAAAAAAAAAAAGAAAGAACUCUUAACGGUAGCAGAUGUUGAUCAGGAGCUUGUGGUGCAAAUAUCUCCUGAGGCUGUCGGGCAUUGUUAUUAACAAGUUCUUUUAAUUUUGCUUUGAAUUGGUCAAUAUGAGAAAUUUCGAAAAAGAAAAAUUGGUUGCUUUAUAAAUUAAA